UUCAAGAAUUGCUACAAUGACCAGAGAGGAUACCGUCGGGGAAGAAGAAGAAGAAUUUACCAUGAAUCUAUGGUCUUGUAUGGAAGCUUUAUCACCCUGAACCAUGCAUCUUUGAAGCAAAUUUACCAAAAUGGGUGAGAUGAAGAAAGAAGAUGUUGAGAAAUAUCUGGAAGACAACCCUCAAUUCGCCAAGGAAUAUUUUGAUAGGAAGCUGAGAAGCGAGACGGUUGGGACGUCGCUCAACAACAAACACCUGAAAGUAGAUCAUGGGGUUUCGUUUAAAGACAUGACCGAGUUAGAAGAAGCGGACGUUCUAUUGGAGCUGGUAACGGAGAUCCAAGAUUGCACCAACAUGGAGAAGACCGUUCAUAAAUUGCUCCAGAGGCUGGCGUUCCUGUUGAAGGCAGAUUGUUGUAGUAUGUUUACUUACCGAUCUCGCAACGGUGUCCCCGAGUUAGCGACGAGGCUUUUCAACGUCACAAAUACCUCCAGAUUUGAGGAGAACCUGGUGCUCCCUGAAAGCGAAAUAGUUUUUCCUCUAGAUAUCGGAAUCGUGGGUUGGGUUGCCCAUACAAAGAAGACUUUUAACGUACCUGAUGUGAAAAAGAACACUCAUUUUUCAGACUUUGCAGACAAGCAAACCGGAUAUACUACCAACAAUUUAUUGGCGACACCAAUUUUACAAGGAAAAGAGGUUUUGGCUGUUAUUAUGGCAGUGAAUAAACAAAACGAGCCGGCAUUUUCAAAGGCAGACGAAGAGGUUUUUAUGAAAUAUCUGAACUUUGUAUCCCUUGCCCUUAAACACCAUCACAUCACGUACCUUCACAACGUGGAAUCCAGGAAAAGUCAGAUCCUGACGUGGUCGGCCAACAAGGUAUUUGAAGAAUUAACCGACAUCGAGAGACAAUUCCACAAAGCCCUCUACACGGUCAGGGUGUAUCUGAACUGUGAGAGAUACUCGGUCGCUUUGCUGGAUAUGACUAAGGAAAAGGAAUUCUACGAAGAAUGGCCAAUCAGAAUGGGAGAAGUACCGCCAUACAAAGGGCCUAAAACGCCAGAUGGAAGGGAAGUGAAUUUUUACAAGAUUAUUGAUUAUCUUUUGCAUGGAAAAGAAGAAAUUAAAGUUAUCCCCACCCCCCCGGCCGAUCACUGGUCUCUUGUGAGUGGGCUGCCGGCGUACGUUGCGGAGAAUGGAUUUAUCUGCAAUAUGAUGAAUGCCCCAGCAGAUGAAUAUUUCAAAUUUCAGAAUGGACCAGUGGAUGAGACAGGCUGGGUUAUUAAAAAUGUAUUAUCCCUGCCCAUCGUGAACAAGAAAGAAGAAAUCGUGGGAGUAGCUACAUUUUACAAUAGGAAGGACGCAAAACCUUUUGACGAAUAUGAUGAGCAGAUCACAGAAGCUCUGACGCAGUUCCUCGGGUGGUCUGUUCUGAACACGGACACAUACGAAAAAAUGAACAAACUCGAAAACAGGAAGGACAUUGCGCAGGAAAUGCUCAUGUACCAUUUACAAUGUACGCCUCUCGAGCUGCAAAGCAUUCUGAAAACCAAAGAAAAGUUGAAUAAAAAUGUUGAAGAAUGUGAAGAAAAACAGCUAGUGCAAAUAUUAAAAGAAGAGCUGCCAGACCCAGCCGCGUUUGAGCUCUACGAGUUCCACUUCAGCGACCUGCCCGUGUCCGAACACGACCUCAUCAAAAGUGGAAUUAAACUGUUUUUUGAAUUAAAGGCUGUUGAGAAAUUUAAAAUCCCGGUCCAGGUCUUAACGAAAUGGAUGUAUACGGUCCGAAAAGGAUAUCGGGAUAUAACCUAUCACAACUGGCGACAUGGAUUUAAUGUGGGGCAAACGAUGUUCACCUUGCUAAUGACAGGUAAACUAAAGAAAUAUUACUCAGACCUGGAGGCCUUUGCGAUGGUCGCUGCUGCCUUUUGCCAUGACAUUGACCACAGGGGAACCAAUAAUUUGUACCAGAUGAAGUCCCAAGCCCCCCUGGCGAGACUUCACGGAUCUUCUAUUUUAGAAAGACACCACUUAGAGUUUAGUAAAACAUUGUUGGAAGACGAGAGUUUAAACAUUUUUCAGAAUCUGAACAAAAGGCAGUAUGAAAAUGUUAUGCGUUUAUUCGAAGUGGCCAUUAUUGCGACCGACCUGGCGUUAUAUUUCAAGAAAAGGACCAUGUUUCAAAAGAUUGUUGAUGCCGCAGAGCAGAUGCAGUCCGAAGAAGAAGUUAUUAAAUAUAUCAUCACCGAUCCCACGAAAAAAGAAAUCAUUAUGGCUAUGAUGAUGACGGGUUGUGAUUUGUCUGCCAUUACCAAACCGUGGGAAGUGCAGAGUAAGGUCGCUCUCAUGGUUGCCAAUGAAUUUUGGGAGCAGGGAGACCUCGAGAGAACAGUGCUUCAGCAACAACCUAUCCCUAUGAUGGACAGGAACAAAGGGGACGAGCUGCCCAAACUUCAAGUUGGAUUCAUAGAUUUUGUUUGUACGUUUGUGUACAAGGAAUUCUCCCGGUUUCACAAAGAAAUUACCCCGAUGUACGACGGACUCCAAAAUAACAGGGUUCAGUGGAAAACGCAAGCCGAUGCCUACGAUGAAAAAAUGAAAGCUUUGGAAGAACAAAUAGAAAAGAAAAAACAGCUGCAGGAAACCGCGAUCCAGCCUAAAAAGGUAGCCCCGGAGAAGGUCGUAGCAGACGGGGGCCGCGGGGAGCCAAACAAAUCAAAAACAUGUACAGUUUUGUAGAAAACAUCUGAAGUCCCGGCAGGAAAAAAUUGCCGAAGACUCGAGUUAUCCAACCAAUUCCUCCAAACGACAAGAUGUACCGACUUACCGAGAUUGUAGAACAUAGCGCAGCGUUUAGAAGAUAAUCCCCUUCUCACAACGAUUGGCCCGGCUAAUAAAAUAUCGAUCAUUUAGUAAAACCUUUAUUUAUAAGAUAAUUACAUAGAUAGAUGUCAUCGUUCUGUGAUUUCUGAGACCUUAUGUGACUUGAAAUCAGAUGAUUUGGAAUAAAGAGAUAUCCGGAGAGAUGA